AGCAGUUAAAACUUUCCGAUUUAGUUGCUAACAUUUGUUUUUGGUGCUGUCCACAUAUAAAGUGUUUAGCUGUAGCUCAUUUAGCAGUUCUUCAUUUUACAAGAUAAAGGAGAAGAGCCCAUGGACAGCAGGAAGAGGCAACCCAGUUCUUCCAGUACGGGGAGUUUGGUCUUUUGGUCCUCCUCGUUCCCCCGUCAAGCAGCGAGGGUCCUGAUCGUGGAGGCAUUGCCCCCCGGUUGGUCAGACACUUGCUCCGUGCUUUGUGAUGCCUUGGACAACUUCCUGUCGCUGGCCUGCAGCCUGGAUGGACCCUGCAGGAUACCCCUCCUCAGCCUCUACGCCAUCAGCAGGCAGCCAGAGUGUCUGCUGCCAUUUGUGCAGGUCCGUGGAAAUUUGGCCAGGCUGCAUUCCUGCGUGGAGGAGCUGAGGUCUGUUCCAGGUGAAAGUUGCAUCAAAAGUGCAGCCAAAGGAGGCGAUCUGCUGCGACAGGCGGUGCUGGACAGUAUGCAGCAGUUUAAGCAGUAUAUCAGACACACCAGCACAGGCAACCAGGCCUCCAGCAACGCAUCUGUGGAGGUCACCGUGGUGACCAGCCAGCCGGGGCGCAGCCUGAUUCAUCAUUUGGAGAGCGGGCUGAAAGAAGCUGACCUGGUGCCACUCAGGCGGCUCCUGGUUGUUCAGAUUGUUGGAACGAAUGACUGGAGCCUGGACUCCCACUCACCUGAAGCCACAAUGACUGAAGACUCACUGAUGUUGGGGACGGAGGUGGACCUGCAGCAGGUGGAGAACAGCGUUUUUGCCAUGGAGACGGUGUUCAAGGCGUGGCUCCAGGAGCAGGGGGGAGACAGGGAGCACCUCCACCUGCUGCUGCCCAGCCCCUCUGACAGCCCGCUUCCAGUUUGUGUGAAGUGUGACAUGCUGGAGCGUCUGAUAAGCCCCGCCCUCGUCCCCUCGACCCCCAGCCUGGGCGUUAAGACAGAGAGCAUUCGAGACUUCCUGCCGGCGGUCAAGGGCCCCGGAAAUCAAAGCCCGACUCCUCAGAGGCUGAGAGUGAUCAAGGUCCUGCAUGCAGACGGAGUGUGUGAGAGUGUGCUGUACGGGCUGCCGCUGGUGAUCCGGCCCACCACCUGCUGGCAGCUGGACUGGGACGAGAUGGAGACCAACAACAGCCUUUUCCAUGCACUCUGCCAGACACUGCGGAAUCAAGACUUGUUCCUGCUGCUGAUGGUGGAGCCUGAUAAGAAAUCCCCAGCUGGAGGCUCAGGUGUGUGUUCCCACUACGUCCUCCAGCCGUCUCCGUCUGUCUCCCUCCUCCUGAAGCCCGUCGCCUCCAGAGAGCUGCUGCUGCCUUGCUCUCUGCCCGUCUCAAAUCAGAACCCCUCCCCGAAUGCCAUGCAGAGCAUACAGAGUUGCCUCUCUCAGCUGGAUGAGGACUUUGUGUUGAACCCUCUCCUGCUGAGCAGCAACCUGUACCAGCACCUCCGCAGCAGAGCGCUCCUCUCACAGCCACGGUACCCGUACAGGCUCCAGUCGGCAGCCGCCCACAGAGAGCAGCAGCCGCAGGCGGCAGAAAGCAGCAGGAACACAGGCGGCCGACAGCAGCGGCAGCCUCCAAACCGCCAGCCUGGACCCAGCAGCAGGGUCAGGGCCACCGUGGCUCCGCUGCCCUCCGCCUCCCCCUGCUCCUCCUCCCUGCUGGGACCCCCUCCGGCGAAGGCCUCCCGCCCCGCGCUGCACUUCCUCAGCAGCGGCCGCCGGGCCCCGGCCCCUCCUCUGCAGGAAGACGACGGCGGCGAUGACUGUUUGAUUUUACAGUAAGAACAAUGAAUGGUGAGUGGAAGAAAGGAGUCAGAGAGAAAGGGAGAGGUGAGCGCCGCGCUGCAGAGGGGUUUCCCUGCAUCGGCAGCAGACCUUAGUCAGCACAAAUACGCUCUCAUUUGGCUAAUUGGGCUCGCCGUAAAACAUACGAGCGCCCACAUGGCUCUUAAAGUAUUUAAAGAGAUUGUUAAAAAAAAAAAAAAAAAGACGAAAAAUGCUUUAAUUUGAGGCUUUAGUCCCGUGGAAAUGUAUUCGAAGCCUUUGAAUUAAUCGAAACCACAAACGUUUGGUGUGUUUUAUUGGGAUUUAAGGUUACAGAGCAGAACUGUGAAGAGGGAAGGAAAAUGAUAUGUGGUUGUCAUUAUUUUUCUUAAAACGGUGAAAAUCUGACAAGUGUGGUGUGCAUUUAAAUUCACCCAACCACCCAAAUAAAACCCCCAUCAAGCCACAUUAUGCUUUAAAACCUUCAAAUUGUUGUUUGUGAUAUAACCUCAAGCUUUUUUUGACUUUGGAUGGGAAGCCCCAGUGAACAUCAGCUGUCAAGUCUGGGCUUUGACUAGGUCAUCUCAAAUGACCCAAACCAAGUCCUGUAACAGCCGUUUUGUGACCAGGAUGCUGCGUUGUUUGUUUCUUUUGGUUUUACACACUCAAACUGGACCGUCGUUACUAAUUAGGUGACAUUCAAAGACAGCUGGUUUUACUUGCGGAUAUCAGAGUAAAGGUGUGUCUGAAUUACCAGAACAUCUUAUAGUAAGAGCUGAAGUGAACCUGUGAAGCUGGGCAGAACGCUGAGGCAGCACACUUCAAAACUGCAAACCUAUAAAGAGUGAAAACCACGAGAUGAAGGGAAGCAGCAGGACAAUGAAGGCUUCCUUCAGUAAUGAGGAGGAAGAAAGAACAAAAGGUUCCUCAUGUAGGCAGAUCAAAGCUUCUGUGAAAAAAAUCACUUCCUGCUUUUAAUGUAAGACCCCCCAAAAGACGAGAGUAAACACACCACGUAUGUACAGUGAUGUGUGCAUGAAGCCCCACAGACAGAAACACACACAAGUGCGCGUUUCUUUUCAUUUUGGCCCUUGAACCCCCAGUUUGAACACAGCGUCUCUGUUAUAAAGCAGCAGACAGAGGGGCCUCUCUGCUGGGCCCCUCCCGCUCCAGGGGGGGCCGCAGCCUGCAAGCAGAACCAAACGAGUGAUAAAAAUCUCCAGCGUGAGUCUUCUGUGAAACGGCGAACGUAGAAAAUGAGAACGUUUCCGCGGUGCUUUUGGCCGGGCGGUUCACGCUACGUCGAUGAAGCGGCUUCGUUUGCAUUUGCUCCCGUUUAGUCGAUGAUUCACGCUCUUGCGUAGAUUCCGCUCGGUUGAAACACAUUUGUGUCGUCACUCGUCUUAAUUUAUUCCUCUUCAGGAAGCUGCAUCAUCCUCACACACACACACACGCGGACAGACGCUCACACAGAGUUAAUCGGGAUCCCGCCAUUCCGCCCCCCCCUGAACCUCGCAGCGCCGGCGAGUGACUUGCAUGACACCGCAGCUCCUCCGCGUUCGCAAACCCAAAACCACAACGAAACGUUUUGUUCCCAGAGGCCUAAAGUUCGGACCUCAGCAACGUUCCGCUGACGUUUCACCCUCGUUGUUUUCUGUGACGUCUUUUCUCGUUUAAUUACUUUAAAAAGCGGAGAAGUUGAGUCGGCGCGUGCAGAUUUCAUAAAUUGGUUCAGGCAGAGCAACGGCAAGCCCCUCUGUCCGCGUUGAGGGUCAAAAGGUCGGCGCUGGAGGUCCUUCUGUUUGAUCCUGACGCUGUCAGACACACUUCACAUUUAAAUAAAAUCAGAGGACAAAACUGUGCUUGUUUCUGCUUUAAAAGCCUUUUGUGUUGUUCUGCUGUUA